UCGAGUUUCACUCCAGGAGGUUGAGAGCGUGUGUUGGAAGUGUGGAUUCUAGAGUUGGAUGCUGUUGUCGAUGCUGACGGACUGAUUUCAUCCUGUCUGCUGCGCUCAGUUUUGGAGGACAGAGCCCUUUUGAAUUGGUGCAGCGUAUUCUGAGCUUGACAACAACAGGAAAAAUACAAAAACUGGAAAUAUACUAGUGGAAGUUAUUGUGGCACGCGAAAGUUAACUUGUGGGAAGAUGGAUAUAAUCUAAAACGGAUUUUUUUGAAACGACAUUUCAUUUUUGGGUGGUUUUCCUGCAGUUACGUUGGCACAGACUGGAUCUCUCUCGUUGAAAAGCACGAACAGAUGUGUGUUUUGUAAGAAGAAUUUUCUAUGAAGAGAGAAGGAAGGACAAUUAUGGAUCCAUUGCCUCAAAACAGGACUUUGAAGUGGUGGAUAUUGGUGAUCCUCUAUGUGGCACUACACUUCAAGACCAUCCACUCAUCCAUGGUGCCAGGAACAUUGCAGCUCCAACUAGAUGAGGAACAGCCAGCAGGAACUGUAGUAGGUGACAUCAGUGCUGGCCUCCCACCUGACAUGACUGCAACCCACUAUUUCAUCUCAGAUCAUCAGGGUACAGGUGUUGGCACUGAUCUGGACAUCGACGAGAGUACAGGGAUCAUAAAAACCGCAAAGGUUUUGGACCGGGAAGCACGGGACCUGUACAGCUUCAUAGCAGUCACCAUGACCGGUAUAACAGUAGAAGUCACCAUCUUAGUCAAUGACAUCAAUGAUCACGCACCAGUGUUCCCCAGAAAAAGAGCCACGUUUAAAAUCCCAGAACAGACAACCAUAGGCACCAAGUUUCCUCUUGAGCCGGCUGUGGAUGCAGAUGAGGACCAGCUCACUACACAAGGUUACAUCAUAACGGAUGGAAAUGUAGGACAAGCUUUUCUUCUUGAAACCAAACGAGGAUCAAACAAAGUCCUUUACUUGGAUUUGGUGGUUAAUGCAGUUUUGGACAGAGAGACAAGAUCUUCAUAUACUCUACUCUUGGAAGCAUUUGAUGGUGGUUCACCCAAGAGGACUGGACAGAUGAUCCUGGAUGUGACUGUGCAGGACAUCAACGACAAUGCCCCAAUCUUCAACCAGAGUCGCUACCAUGCAAUGAUCUCGGAGAACCUUCAACCUGGUAACAAUAUACUGCAGGUGUUUGCUUCAGAUGCCGAUGAAGGUGAAAAUGGGUUGGUGCUCUAUGACAUCAACAGAAGACAGAGUGAUCCUGAUCGCUACUUUGUCAUUGACUCUCGAACUGGAGUUAUCACUCUGAACAAGCCUUUGGAUUAUGAGAUGAGAAGAGUCCAUGAGCUUGUGGUACAGGCUCGGGACAACGCCAGUCAACCAGAGAUCACUAAUGCCUUUGUGACCAUCCAGGUGCGAGACUACAACGACAACCAGCCCACCAUGACCAUCAUCUUCCUCAGUGAGGAUGGUUCUCCACGCAUCUCUGAAGGAGCGCAGCCUGGCCAGUAUGUGGCUAGGAUUUCAGUCACAGACCCUGAUUAUGGAGAAUAUGCCAAUGUGAAUGUAUCUUUGGAGGGGGGCGAUGGGAAGUUUGCUUUAACCACCAAAGACAGCAUCAUUUAUCUCAUCUGCGUAGAUCAGAUACUUGAUCGUGAGGAGCAAGACCACUAUGAACUCAGAGUAAUGGCCACAGAUUCUGGCACCCCUCCAUUACGGGCAGAGUCUUCGUUUACCAUUCAGGUCACAGAUGUUAAUGACAACCCACCUUUGUUUGACCAGCAGGAAUAUACCCAGGUUAUUCCAGAGGUGGCCUUUCCGGGAAGUUUUGUUGUACAGGUUACAGCACGGGACAAGGACCAAGGACCCAAUGGGGAUGUUCAGUACAGCAUCCUACAGACUGAAGGAACUCAUUCAGACUGGUUCAGUGUUGACACAGUUACUGGUAUUCUCACCACCCUGACCCAGCUAGAUUAUGAAACGGACCCUAUACCCAGUGUAACUGUUGUUGCCACCGACAGGGGUCGACCGCCACUUUCUUCUACAGCUGUGGUCAAAGUGAUCCUACAGGAUAUUAAUGACAACGAACCUGUGUUUGGCAGCAAGUUCUACAACGCAUCCAUCAAGGAGAAUGCCACAGCAGGGACCUGUUUCAUGGAGGUUACAGCUACUGAUGCUGAUGGUGGGUCUUUUGGCUCCAUCUCCUACUCUCUGGGCUCUGGUCCAGGCACUGUGACCCCGUCUCAGUUCACCGUUGGCAAGCACAAUGGACAGAUCUGUACUACCACCAGCCUGGACCGUGACCAGGGUCCAGCCAACUACGACUUCACCAUUACAGCUGUGGAUGGGGGUGGACUAAGUUCAGUGGCAUACGUGCGGGUGGACCUGAUAGACAUAAAUGACAAUCGACCAGCAUUCUACCCUCUGAGCUAUGCAGUGAGCCUGAGUACGCAGAGCACCCCAGGAACCUCCGUCCUUAAGGUGACUGCUCAUGACCCUGAUGCUGGGGAGAACGGCAGAGUGACGUACCGUACUGUACCUGGAGGGAGCUCACCUUUCUUCACCCUCAACAAAGAUACUGGAGUGAUUUCACUGUCACGCGCUCUACAUGGAAAGGCAAACUCAGUCAUUACGAUGGUGGUCUCAGCCCAAGAUGGUGGGGGCCUUACUGCUCCAAUCAAUGCCAGGGUCAACAUCAGCAUAGUGGCAGGACUGGUUGCACCCCCUGUGUUUGAACAAGCUCAGUACUUUUUCUUGGUCUCUGAGGAUGCCCUGCGUGGAACACAAGUUGGCGUUGUGCGGGCCAGCACUAAGAACGGUAUCUCGAAAGAUAUCUCCUACACUAUUAGCUCUGGUGACCCAAUGGGCUACUUCACCGUGGAUUCAGAGACUGGGGCCUUGAGAACAAGCUUGCCUCUGGAUCACGAGGCCCAACCCAGCUUGAAUCUGGAAGUUCAGGCGCACUGCGGUAACCCCCCAGCCUUUGGCCAGACUAGGGUACGAAUUACGGUGUCCGACGUCAAUGACAAUGCACCCGUAUUCUUGCCCUCAUCCUCCGAGUCAUUGAUUCUGCCUGAAGACACACGGAUGGGUACAGUGGUGUACAAGGUCCAAGCAGAAGACCGCGAUUCUGGACCCAAUGGUCUCCUGAGUUUUGACCUUUUCAGCGGCGGUGCCCAGAGAACCUUCAGCAUUGAUCGUAACAGCGGGCACAUCCGCCUCAUUGGCAGUUUGUCGUACGAGACCAUGCCCCGCUAUGACCUGCAGGUGAUUGCCAAAGACAGCGGAGCACCUCAGCUAAGUUCUACUUUCACCCUGGUCAUCCACGUACAAGCCGAGAACAGCCAAGGUCCCAUGUUCGAUAGCCUCACGUACCGAGUAGAGCUGAAAGAAAGCACACCUCUCAACACACGCUUCCUGCAGGUUCGAGCAGUAAACCGAGAUGGCGGCAUCACCGCUGGACCAUCUUCUCCAUCUUCCACCCCACUAGCCUACCACCUGCAUCCAGACGGUGAUGCUGCAGGGUUUGGCAUUGUGUCCGACAGCGGCUGGCUGUUUGUGAAAAGUGCUUUGGACAGGGAAGCCAAGGAGAUGUACCUGCUCACUGUACUGGCCACGUCAGGCAAUGGACAGUUGAAGAAGACGGGUAGUGCCACAGUGCGUGUGUCAGUGAUGGAUGAAAACGACAACACCCCACGAUUUACCCAAGAGAGAGCAUUCCUGGCAGUGCGCGAGAACCUUCCGGCAGGCACUGGUUUCGGCCGGGUGUCUGCCAACGAUCGAGAUGCUGGUCUCAACGGUCGGCUGAGCUACCGCCUGCUCCAUCUGGAUCGCCACUUCCAGAUCAACUCCCACACAGGUGAGAUAAGCACAAAACUUUCCCUGGACCGUGAACUUCAGUCCAGCUACCAGCUCAUUGUGGUGGCUCAGGAUGGUGGGACCCCUGCACGCAGCGCCACAGGCUCUGCUUUCAUCACAGUUCUGGAUGAGAACGAUAAUGCACCCUCCUUCAGCCAUGCUCAGUCAGGAAGAGAGCUCUUGCUGCAGGCACUAGAAGGUCAACCAUCUGGAUUUCUACUGGGAACGAUUCAUGCAAAAGACCCUGAUGAAGGAGAAAAUGGAACUAUUUUCUACUCGAUGUCUGGUCCUAGAGCUGAACGUUUCACUCUGAACCCAAACACCGGAGAGCUGCGGUCCUCUUCCCUUUUGAGCCAUUCUGAGCGGCCCGAGUACAGUUUCAUCGUUCUGGCCUCAGACCGAGGUUCACCCCCUCAGAGCUCCACCAUAGCAUUGAAAAUACAGGUUCUGAGCUCAAGUAAAGGAUCGGCCACCACCAACUCCCAUCCAUUAAUGCUGAGUUCUGUGGAGGGAGCUAAACCUGGCUCCAUCUUGGGGUCUGUGCGUUCACCUGAUUCUCAGAUCCUUCCUGAAGCAGGCCAGGUCACGUACACCGUGGUGGGCGGUACAGACAAUGACGGCACCUUUGUGGUAGACCGCCAGACGGGUGACGUUUACCUGGCCCGUGAGCUUGACUUUGAAAAAGCUCCUCGAUACACACUUCAGGUUGAGGUGGAUGACUUCUCCAUGCCCCUCCCUAAAAGUCACUUUGUAUCAUUGGUAAUUGAUGUCCAGGACAGCAACGAUCAUGCUCCCGAGUUUCCCGAAGACCCCAUUAUCAUAGUCGUCCCUGAGAGCACAGAUCCUGGGUCAUCUAUCUACACCUUCCAGGCUGUUGAUAAAGACGGAAGUGGACCCAACAGUGAAGUGCACUAUUCCAUCAUUCAACAGUGGCCAAAUGUCCCAGAUCUCCUGUUCCUGGAUCCAACUACAGGAGUUCUCUCUCUGGGAAUGAUGUUGGAUCAUGAGAGGACCUCUUCGCUACUCUUGGUGGUUCAGGCGACUGAUUCGGCCCCCGAUGUCAGUCAGCGGCGCCGUGGAACAGUCACAGCCCGCAUAUUUGUCACUGAUGUGAAUGAUAAUGACCCUGUGUUCAUCUCACCAUCUGUGGUGAGUGUGAUGGAGGACCAGCCUGUGGGCUUUGUUGUGGUCUAUGUCAUGGCUGUAGAUGCAGACCAGGGAGAGAAUGGACGAGUGACAUACCGUAUCCAGAGCGGCAACACCGGAGGAAAGUUCAGCCUUAACCCAGAUACAGGGUCUUUGUCUAUUCUUAGACCAAUUGACCGUGAAGAGCAAGACCUCUACAAUUUGACCAUAGUGGCAGAAGACCAUGGUUUACAACAGCGCAGCAGCUCCCAGUUACUGUCAAUCCAGGUGAUUGACGUAAACGAUGAGACACCGUACUUUGAGGAAAAUGAAUAUGAAGCUUUUGUUGCAGAGAAUCAGCCUGCAGGAACCACUGUGCUGGUGGUUUCAGCUUCUGAUAUGGACCAAGGGACCAAUGGAAUCGUGACAUAUGGAAGCAUUGUAGGAGAUGAUUUCAGUAUUCAUCCGGUGACAGGAGUCAUAACCACCUCUAAAGCUUUGGACAGGGAGGCCCAAGGGGUUUAUGCUGUGACAGUUUAUGCAAGAGAUGGUGGUUCUCCUCCCAAUUUCGCCAAGACCAUAGUGCGCGUCACAGUGCUGGAUGUGAAUGACAAUAGGCCAGUUUUUGGGAGAGUGUACUACAGUCUGGAGGUGCCUGAGAACCAGGAGCCUGUGGCGCUCUUCACAAUUAGAGCCACAGAUCAAGACUCCGGGGACAGUGGGGUGGUGCACUACAAAAUCACUGAGGGAGACCAUUUUGGUGAUUUCCACCUGGACAGGAAAUCAGGUGUGCUAUCUACUUCUAGGCCUUUGGAUCGAGAGUCCAAAGCAAAGUACACCCUCACUGUGAAGGCACAAGAUCAGGGUGUACCGCCCCUCACCAGCAGUGUUACUUUGGACAUCAAUGUGUUGGACCUGAAUGACAACAGCCCAGUGUUUCCCAGCAGCAGCUACUCUGUGGAGGUAUCAGAGGAUGCUUUAGAAGGGUCUCUUGUACUGGAGGUUUCAGCCUCUGACAAGGACGAAGGGUCCAACAGCCAGGUGGUCUACUUCCUGAGCCGCGAAUCCAGAGGUAUGUUCAUUGUGGACCAACACACAGGUCGCAUUAUUACAGCGGCAGCUCUAGACAGAGAAAAAGUGGCCUCCUACAGCUUCCAAGUCUACGCCAUGGACUCCUCAGCAGCCAAUCCCCGUAACACUUCCGCUGAUGUGACUGUCCACAUCUUAGAUGUAAACGACAACGCCCCCUUCUUCAUCACAGACCCGCUCAUCAUCAAUGUCUCCAGCAGUAGUCUCUCCAACCGCAAAGUGCUGGCCACCAUGAGAGCUGAAGAUAAGGACUUUGGUGCAAAUGGAUCUGUAUUUUAUCGAUUUGCGAAUCCUGUCAAAGGCUUCACCAUAAACUCCUUGACGGGGGACAUCCAGGCAACUGAGAAGCUCCAUGCGCUGACCCAGAGUCAGCGGACCCUCAUUGUGGAGGCCAUGGAUCAGGGUAACCCAUCGCAGUCCUCUCUGGGAGUGGUGGUUGUGUACAUCCGAGAGCAGAGUUACCAGGGAAUCCGCUUCUCGCGCAACACUAGGGAUGUGAGCCUGCAGGAGAAUGCCGCUAAAGGUACAGCAGUUGUUCAGAUACAGGCUCACUAUCCUGAUGGAUCUAGCAGUGGCAUCAACUAUAGCAUUUUCAGUGGCAACAAGCAACAGUCCUUUAGCAUCAGCCCCCACACAGGUGAGAUUUGGGUAGAAAGUUCUACAGGUUUGGACUUUGAGGAGACCCCACGCCUCCGCCUGGUGGUCAAGGCUGAAACCGCAUCCUCCAGCUCCUUCAUGGCAGUCAACCUUCUCCUACAGGACGUCAAUGACAACUUACCACGCUUUCAACUUCACAAUUACGUUGCUUAUGUUCGUGAGGCCCAGGGUUAUGAUCAUCCUAUCAUUCAGGUGUUGGCGAAUGACCUGGACCAGGGUCAGAAUGGGCAGGUAACCUACUCCAUAAGGUCAUCAUCCAUGAGCGGACUCUUCAAGAUCGACCCUGUCACUGGCAGUAUAUCCACCGCUGCCAUCAUGGACAGAGAGAUCUGGACACAGACCAACCUGGUUAUUAUGGCAACGGACAGAGGCAGUCCUCGUUUAGCAGGUUCUGCCACUCUCACGGUGAUCAUUGUAGACCUGAAUGACAACAGUCCCACCAUCCCUGUUCCACAUGAAGUCCGGAUCCCUGAGAAUACUUUGAUUGGAACUGUGAUCACUCAGGUCACAGGGAAUGAUGUGGACUCUGGGCCUGCUCUCUCCUAUUCCCUUCUUCUGGACUCUGACACUCAAGGGAAGUUUGGAAUACACCGCUUUGGAGGGGGGGUGUCCUUGACCGGCCCUCUGGACUUUGAAGAGAGAACAUGGUACACGCUGACUGUCAGCUCCUCAGACACCAAGCAACAGAGUUAUGCAAAUCUGACCGUGCUUGUGGAGGAUGUGAAUGAUAAUGCUCCAGUUUUCUCUCAGGACCUUUACGAGGUGACUCUAGCAGAACACUCGCCAGCAGGAAGCUCAGUUAUCACAGUAACUGCUACAGAUAAGGACUCUGGAGAGAACGGAAGGAUAACAUACAGGGUUGUGUCAACAAAGGACAUGUUCUACAUUGACCCAAGCAAUGGUACUCUGUUCAUCAAGCAGAAGGUUGAGUUUGACUCACAGCGCCCUUCCAUUUUGGUGGUGAUUGAAGCCAGUGAUAGUGGGACACCACAGUUGACCGCCUUUACCACAGUUCAGGUGCAUGUGUCUGAUGUCAAUGACAAUGCCCCUGUAUUCCACCAGACUGAGUAUAGAGCGUCUGUAUCUGAAGACGAAGUUCCUGGUUCGACAAUUCUAACCCUGGAAGCGGUGGAUGGGGACUUGUCUAGGGACAACUGUGGCUUUGAUUUUGCCAUCGCCAGUGGGAACAUUGGUAAUGCCUUCCAAAUUGAGAGCAGUGUUCGCUUCCUUGAGGGCCAUGGAUUUCAGACAGUUGGAAUGCUUAUAUUAGUUGAUAAGCUUGACUUUGAGAUUGUGAAUGCCUACAAUCUUACUAUUGUGGUCUCAGAUCGUGGCAUACCACAACGAAGCUCAAGUGUUCCAGUUUUAAUCACGGUAAUGGACACCAACGAUAACCCACCAUCCUUCAGUAGGGCGGAAUACAAAGUUGUUGUCAAUGAAAGGGCAGAAACAGGAACAGAAAUACUUCAACUUUUUGCUGUGGACCCUGACUCAACCCCUAAUGGAGAGGUUCAGUACUCAAUCAGUUCUGGAGAUGAAUCUGAGCUCUUUUCUAUUGAUCAGUGGACUGGGUCCCUUCGUCUGCGGAGGUCUCUUGAUAGUGAGGAACAGUCCUCUUACAUGUUCAUUAUUCAGGCCUCGGAUGGUCAGGGCCACUUUGCUCUUGCUCCAGUAACUGUCGAGGUAAAGGACAUCAAUAAUAACCGGCCUUACUUUCCUCUUAAAUCACUUACAGCAAGCAUUCGUGAAAACCAGCCCCAGAAUGCUCUAGUAACCAUAUUACAUGCCAUUGAUCAUGACAAAGGAGCAUAUGGAGAACUGAGAUAUUUCCUAAUGUAUAAUUCCGGCAAUGGUAAAGAUUCCUUUCUAGUGAACCAAACCUCCGGUGAAGUGCGAACCCGCUUUACAUUCGACUUUGAGAAGAUAAAUUCUUUUAAUUUUAUUGCCAUGGCAAUGGAUGCAGGCAACUACUCUGCUACAGUCACAGUGCAAGUGUUUGUGACUGGUGAAGAUGAGUAUGACCCCGUUUUCACUAACUCAGAUUUCACCUUUCGUAUUCCUGAGGGUGCCAAGAAAGGGCAAAGCAUCGGCCAAGUAAAUGCUAAUGAUGAGGAUGGAGGGGUGGACGGCAUUGUCCUCUAUUCACUCGCAAACAGUUCACCUUACUUUGAGGUCAACACAUCUACUGGAGUGAUAUCCCUCAAGAUGGAUGCCUAUCAUCAUCAUAUGAGCCGGUCUAAAAGAGAGGCACGUCAGAUGACGUUGGAUGUUAUUGCCCACAGUCCUUUGGAGACUUCCCGAAAAGCUUCUGCCCAGAUCACAAUUGAUGUCACCCAUACAUCCUUCGGCUUGAACACAGACAUGAAUGUGGUACUUGCCAGUGCUAUAACAGCUUCUUUGGCAGCCAUUGUGUUCCUGAUCAUAGUUGUUGUGGUGAUAUUCCUGUUGAGAUCCCAAAGGUACAAAGAACAAGAGGCUUGUACCAGAAUAGUCACCAGCGGUACUGUUCUUGAGAGUCUUGAAGAUUCGAAAGUUCCAGGGGGUGAAAAGCUAUAUCAUCAGACCCUUCCUGGGUAUGCAACAGACCAGACUGGGACCGGAGGAGGUACCUACACACGAGGUGGGUCUCUUGACCCAUCCCACUCCAGUGGACGUGGUUCCGCCGAAGCAGAAGCAGCUGAAGAUGAUGAGAUUCGGAUGAUUAAUGAAUAUCCACGAGUUUCUAGCAUCUCCUCCUCUAUGCAGGAGCACAUAUCUGCUCGUGGGCCUGACUCUGGUAUCCAGCAAGAUGCAGAUCAGCUGUCUGACAUUUCCUGUGAGCCGGGGAUGGAUGCAAACCAAUGGUUUAAAGGGAAGAAACUGGGAAGUUUAAGUGGGACAAUAUUAUCAAGCCAGUUGCCAACUUAUCGGGAUGAAGGAGGUGGAUAUCUUGGGGUUGGAAGGGGGCUUAACAUCUCGCAUCCAAAAGAUUAUGCUUUCCCGGAGGAUGGUAAGCCUGCUGUUGAUGGUUCUCUUACAGCAAUUGUGGCUAGUGACGAGGAACUGAGAGGCAGCUACAACUGGGACUACCUCCUCGACUGGUGCCCUCAGUUUCAGCCUCUGGCUAAUGUCUUCACAGAAAUUGCCAGAUUAAAAGAUGAGAACGCACCACCUAACCCUCGGCGGCCAUUUCAUCCCAAAGCAAAGACUGAUCCCAAGCCCAGAAUUGACCCUCCUCCCCUAAUUACCUCUGUAGCUCAUCCAGGGGCCAAAACUGUUUUGCCAAAACCUGCUGUAGGCCGAACAUUUCCCCACCUAUCCUCAUUGCGGCGAUCUCCUAUUGACCAUGAUGGCUCUGUUUCCUCAAUUGCCAUGUCUCCAAGUUUUUCUCCAUCGCUUUCACCUCUUUCAGCCCAUUCCCCAGCCAUCGCUCCUUUUGGAGGUCACUCGUCCUCCGUUAUCAAUACAACUGAGCACUCCUUAGAACAUGAGGAGACAGAACUGAGGAUUUAAUGCAGUCUAAGAAUCACACCUGACUCAGGUACUCUAAAAAUGCCUCUCCUCUGGCAUAGUCCUCAACAUCAUGUUGUAUGUAAUGUUGCCCCACUGGCUGGCCAGAGGUUUCGGUGCUUUUGUCACCCUUCUUUAGACUUACUGACUUGAGUUGUAAAAGAAGUAAAAAUGACUAUUGUAUAAUGCUGUUCUAAUGAUCCUGAAGAUCAACUGACAUUUUUAUUAGCCCAGCAUUUGCACAUUUUAAAGGACUGUAAUGUUUGAUGUCAAUGUUUUGUAAGAGAAAACACUUUUGUAUUAUAUAUUUUUGUACUGAUGUUUUUUUGUUUAAAAAGAAUGACAUAUGUCAAACGGUUGCUAUAACCUGUGAUUUUUUUGACAUACAUUUAUAUUUGUAUAUUUGUGGCUGUAACAGUUUGUUAUCAGAGCUUGUUCUAGUUUAUUAACAGUUGCCAUUCUAAAGUGUUCUAAGUAAGUAUGUUCAGUAUUAAGCUCUUAAAUGUUUGGGGAACAUGUUUUGCUGUCAGUAUUUAUAUAAAAAAGUAUCUGCAAAAUGCCAAUGUACAGUCUUUGAAGGUUAUGCUGCAGACACAGUGAUCAUAUUGAUUUCUACAUGCUGCUUCCCCUCCCUUAGCUUUACUAAUGGGAACACAAUUGUAGCUAUGAAACUAAAUAUAAAAAAGAUUUCCCCCAAAAUCUAAACUUAAUUAGCACAUUAAAGGCUUUUUUUUUUUCUUCAUUGUUUUUAAGUGUUGAAGCAUAACAACUGUAGCACAAGAACAAAAGAUAUCUGUGCCAGGAAUUUCAAGAAAUAACAAUAACAGAAAUGUUAAAAAUUGUUAUGGCAGCUCUUAUCAGCACCUCAGAAGAGCUGACACUUACAAACACCACAACUUAACUGGAAAAAACGUAGUGUCUUUUUUUUUGUUCUCAUGUUUGUGAUUUUUUUUUAGAAACAGAUUUUAACAAAUAUUCUCAAGGCCAGUGAAAAGGUUAUCGUGUUGUUAUUAUAAUAAAUAGGCUCUUAAAUAGCAAUUUGGAUGUUUUGCUAGAUGUUAUGUUUGAAUAAAUACAUCAAGCUAUCUAAUAACGUACAUCAUUUGACCAAAAGAAAGAUUCUCUCACAGCUCCACUACUCCCUAGUCAAGGUACUGUAUAGGUACAUUUUUGUAGCAUCUUUCAAACAUUACUGUGGGUAAACAAUUGGUAAGUUUAUUAUACCACAAAAUGCUGGAUUGCUUUGUUUUUAUGUAUGUAAAUUACAUGGCUCAAUAAUGUUAUGACACCCAUAUUUGUUAAAAAGCACUGGUGAUUUGAUUUUAGUGACUUAUUUGUUCCUACAAUGUACAGUUUGCAUUAAAGUUAGAAGAUAAAGUAAAUAUAUUUCAAACUAAAUAAUGGCAGCAUUGUACAUUCUCCUAGCAGGAAUCAUUAGUAUCCGUUUAAUUUGCUCAAGUGAUUGUGAAACAUUUUUGUAAAUUAUUUUCUAAUACUUUAAAGAUGAUUGUAAAUGUUGCCAUAUGACCAUACUUCAUUUCUGUGUUAAAAAAAAAAUGUCAACAUGCUUUUUUUCCCAUGAUGCCUAUUGAAAGGUUUAACUUGUAAUUCUGAAAAACGACAGUGCCUAUUGAAGUAAAACAUUGUGUUUAUAAGUGAUUGUUAAAAUUAUGCUUUGUUCAGAUUCAUUUGUUGAGGUUAGCCUGAUUUAUCAGGAUAUCUACUUGUUAAAGAAUCCUAUAUUUAUGGCAGAUACUUCACUUUUGUACACAACAAUUCCUCACUCGUAACUGUGAACAUGUUAUAUUCAUGCUGCCUCGAAGGAAAAUAAAUAAUGUUCAGUUGUUCUGUGUUCAUUUAAAAAGUUUCUCAAUGUUUGAAUCACUGUUCAUAGUGUUAUAGGUGAAUAAAAUCUGUUUACAUUUUGAAUAGCA